AUGUCUGCCGGCUGUCGUUUGGGUCAACUAUUUCACCAGUAUGUGCAGCAGACUCGGGCACAGAACAGUUUUUCAUCAAUCAUCAGCAAAAGACUGCAGUUCCUGAGCUCUGCUGAAAACCUGAAGCGAGGAUGCUUUCAAUUUCCUUUGCAUCAAAGCGAUUGCCAUGCCUUCGCAGUGGCACAGGAAGGCCAGACGGUACAUGGAGGUGUCAUUGCGACCGUCGUUGAAGAUGCUACCACUAUGCACAUUUGCGCAAAUGAUACUCGAAGUCGGAAGGCAGUGACAACAGACAUGAACCUGACAUAUGUUGGCGUUGGGAAGGUCGGCCGCACCCUGCAGAUUGAUACACGAAUCCUGAAGAUUGGUGGCGUGAUGGGCGUUGCGGAAGCAGAGGUAACAGACAUUACAUCUGGAAAGCUCAUUGCUGUCGGACGCCACAGCAUGAUGUUCGUGGGGGAGGAUGGCUCUGCAUUGAAAUUCGCCCAAUCUUUGAACUCGGUGUUCGACGUGUAG